AUGGACACUGACACCAUUAUCAUCGGGAACGGGCCCUCGGCCAUGAUCCUGUCCUUCAUCCUGCAUGGUCAUGUCCCAUAUUAUUCCCCGAAUCCCCCACAUCCCGAUCCCCUUCUCCAUGCUAAACUCAAAGAUAACCCGGCGCUGCUGGAUGUGGAUGUUGAUGCUCUGACGGAGCAUUUCGCCGCUUCUCGGCUCAGUUACUCCACCCAAGCUCUGCCGGUCAAUGUAUUAUUUGACACCCUCUUCCGCCCUAGUAUCGAUGUGGAAGAGCUGGGCAGCAUUACAAAUAUCGAAUGGCGAUACGUACCUGAAAAAGCGGUUCCUCAUGUGGUUUUCGGGAAUGCGCCACAGCCUGGUGGGCAGUGGACUGAAAAUCUCGUCCCUGCGAGCUGGGACAUCCAGACCUUGAGCUAUGCAUCCAUGCUAUCUCUUCCCGGCUAUUCCUUUGCGGAACAUUACCGGAGACUCACCGGCAAAGACCUUGCUGCCUUCACCCGCCCCAGUAGGCAGGAAACGGCGGAUUAUUUCCAAGCGUAUCCGGAAGCUGUUGGAAUCGCGGAUGCUUUUAGAACCAGUGAGGUUCUGACCGGCAUCUCCAGAACAGAGAAUGGCUUCUUCAUUCGCUCCCACAACAUCCAUUGUAAGAACUUAGUCUUAGCCAGCGGUAUCUUUUCCGAAGUGAUACAGCCUCGCCCAUUGCUACAGCCUCUCCGCUCACUUCAACCCGUCCCGGACAUCCCACUUCUUAUUAUCGGAUCGGGGUUUUCAGCUGCCGAUGUAAUUAUCUCGGCACCAAAAGAUCAAAAGAUCAUUCAUAUAUUCAAAUGGGAUCCCGAAGAGCGACCUUCUCCCUUGCGGGGCUGCCAUCAGCAAGCAUAUCCCGAAUAUGCGGGCGUUUACCGUUUGAUGAAACGAGCUGCCGUUGCUGCGGGUCCAGCCACAACAAGAGGUCCUUCCAAAGUGAAGCGGACAAUAUCAGGCCCGUUUUUGGAAAGCCGACCGUGGGAUGAGGUUUACGAAGGGUUUCCCAAUACAGAAAUUAUCGCGGUGGAUAUGCACAAGGAAUGGGCAACGGUUACCUUCCGCCAAACCGAUGGAACCACAUUUUCGCGACCGGUACGCGGUAUGGUAUAUGCGACUGGCCGUCGAGGCUCCCUCGGCUACCUCGACCAAAACCUCCUUUCUGAGGUCCUGGGGCCCAAUAACAGAAGCGAAAUAAAUCCAUUGGUCUCUGGGCAGACCCUGCGACACAAAGCAUUUGAUAGCAUGGAAAUUGCGAACAACGUCUUCAUCAUUGGCAGUUUAACCGGUGACACCCUAAUUCGUUUUGCACAUGGUGGCUGUGUUCAAACAGCGGGCAAUCUCAUACGUACAUAUACUGGGGAAGAGCAAACCAGAAGUAAGGCGAUCAUCCCUUCCCGACCGCAAGGCUCUUCUCCCGGCGUGAUGCAGGGCAUCGACGGCCACGACAUUUACGGAAAUGGAAACUAUAGGCCUCAGCUCAACAAGAUCGACAGCUGCGGUUCGCAGUACCCCAUCCCUGAGAAAUCUGGUAUUCUUGGAAGCGUAUGGAACGCAUUGACUGCUAUUUGGUAA